GCUACUCUUGCUGGAUACAAUGUUGCAGUAGAGAAUGCUCUCUGGAACGGUGAGACAUUGCUGAGAAGGGCAGGGUGGAGUUCUCUCGGUGAUGCAGUAAGGAGGUUGAUAAUGCCAUCCCCUUGAAAGAGUUUGUUUCUCUCUCUCCGAGAGGACUUCAGGUGGGCCGUGGGUCUGGCCCAGCCUGAACCAUGGAGGAGAGUCGGAAUGACAAGGUGAACCAGGCCCAUGUUCUUUUUGAUCGGUUUGUCCAAGCCACAACUUGCAAGGGGACUAUGAAAAGCUUCCAGGAACUGUGUGACUACUUGGAAUUAAAACCCCGGGAUUAUCGCACUUUUUACCAUAAACUAAAGUCAAAGCUCAACUACUGGAAAGCCAAAGCCUUAUGGUCCAAAAUUGACAAGAGGGGCUGUCACAAAGACUACAAGAAGGGGAAAGCCUGUACCAACACCAAGUGUCUGAUCAUAGGGGCUGGGCCUUGCGGUUUGCGCACAGCAAUUGAGCUCUGCCUUUUAGGGGCCAAAGUAAUAGUAGUCGAGAAGAGGGAUGCAUUUUCUCGUAAUAAUGUCCUUCACCUGUGGCCCUUUACCAUCCAUGACCUGCGAAGUCUUGGGGCCAAGAAAUUUCAUGGCAAGUUUUGUGCCGGAGCCAUUGAUCAUAUCAGUAUCCGACAGCUGCAGCUUAUCCUCCUCAAAGUCUCCUUAAUCCUUGGUAUUGAGAUUCAUGUGAAUGUGGAAUUCCAGGGUUUGAUCGAGCCACCAGAGAGCCAGGAAAAUGAACGUGUUGGUUGGCGAGCAAAGAUCCACCCUAGCACUCACCCAGUGUCCGAAUUUGAUUUUGAUGUCAUUAUUGGUGCUGAUGGUAGAAGGAACACGCUGGCAGGUUUCCGGCGAAAAGAGUUCCGCGGUAAGCUGGCAAUUGCCAUCACAGCAAAUUUCAUCAACCGUAAUACAACGGCAGAGGCAAAAGUGGAGGAGAUCAGUGGUGUGGCCUUUAUAUUCAACCAGAAGUUCUUCCAAGAUCUACGGGAGGCCACAGGAAUCGAUUUGGAAAACAUUGUGUAUUAUAAAGAUGAUACACACUAUUUUGUCAUGACAGCCAAGAAGCAGAGUUUACUGGAGAAAGGAGUGAUCUUGCAGGAUUAUGCAGAUACUGAGCUGCUAUUAUCCCGUGCCAACGUUGAUCAGGAGGCACUACUGAACUACGCCACGGAAGCUGCCAAGUUUUCAACCAACCAGCAGCUGCCUUCCCUCGAUUUUGCGAUCAAUCAUUAUGGACAGCCAGAUGUGGCCAUGUUUGACUUCACAUGCAUGUAUGCGUCUGAAAAUGCAGCCCUUGUCCGAGAGAGGAAUGGACACAGACUCCUGGUAGCCCUUGUUGGAGAUAGUCUUUUGGAGCCUUUCUGGCCCAUGGGAACUGGCAUUGCACGAGGAUUUUUGGCUGCCAUGGACUCUGCAUGGAUGGUGCGAAGUUGGUCUCAAGGUGCCAGCCCGAUGGAGGUAUUGGCAGAGAGGGAGAGUAUAUACAGACUCCUUCCUCAGACCACACCAGAAAAUGUCAACAAAAACUUCAACCAGUACAGCAUUGACCCAACUACUCGAUACCCCACUGUGAAUCUACAGUUCCUGCGACCCAGCCAGGUGCGUCACCUUUACAAUACUAGUGAACUGAAGGAUGUUACCUUGGAGAUCAGCAACCUUGUUAACUCACGGACUCCCAAACUGGGAAGAAAUGAAUCUGUUGCUCGCUCCAGCAAGCUCCUUGGUUGGUGUCAGAAACAAACAGAAGGAUAUGCUUGUGUAAACGUAACUGACCUUACCAUGUCCUGGAAGAGUGGCCUGGCAUUCUGUGCGAUAAUUCAUAGAUACCGCCCUGAGCUCAUAGACUUUGAUUCUUUAGAUGAGCACAACGUAGAACGGAACAAUCAACUGGCUUUUGAUAUUGCGGAGCGCGAGCUGGGGAUCUCUCCUAUUAUGACUGGGAAGGAGAUGGCUUCAGUUGGAGAGCCUGACAAGUUGUCCAUGGUUGUGUAUCUCAGUCAGUUCUAUGAGAUGUUCAAGGAGACUACCAACUCUGACGAUGCAGAUCACAAUCCAGAUGAAAAAGCAGCACUCCUUUCCAGCACAAAGUCUCCUAUCUCCUUUCUCAGCAAACUUGGACAGACAAUCUCACGAAAACGCACUCCUAAGGACAAAAAGGAAAAGGAUGUGGACAGCUCAGGAAAGAGACGCAAAACAAGCCAAUCAGAAGAUGAAGAAGCUCCCAAGAGCUUGCGAGAAGAGCGACCUUCACUGGUGAGCGCGUUGACUGAACGGCGCGUUGAUGCCGCUAUUGGAAACCAAAACAAAGUCAAAUCUAUGGCAACACAACUCCUGGCAAAAUUUGAGGAGAAUGCACCAGCACCCAAUGCAGGACUUCGUAAGCAGAAACCCCUCUUACCCUAUCAGCUCCGUUUGCAAAACCAAGACACUCCUAGACAACCAGAACCACAGUGGAAAAAGCCCAGGGAUAGUGAGCAAUCAAGAACCUGUCCCAAAAAAGUCAUCACUCUGUAUUCGGGGUUCACGUCUCUCCCCAUUCUGCAGACCACCCAGGUGUCCACGAGUACCCGUUGGGAGUGCUACCCCAGCCUGGAGAGGCUUGACUCUGAGCCUUUACGACGCUCUCCAAUCGACCAGUGGCAGCAGUUUUCUGCCUCUCGUUCCUCUGACCGUCCUGCCUCCCCUUCAUCUGAUUCCCUCCGACAGAAGUACAUAAAGAUGUACACUACUGGAGUGAGCUCUUUAGCUGAGCAGAUCACCAGUCAGCUUCAAAAGAAGGAACCACCCAAACCACUGUUUGGGAAGAAAGUGACCUCUUUCAGGAAGGAGUUUCCACAGAAUAUAGGUGGAAGCGAUGUGUGCUACUUCUGCCGUCGAAGAGUCUAUGUGAUGGAAAGACUGAGUGCUGAGGCAAAGUUCUUUCAUCGUAGCUGCUUUAAAUGUGACUACUGCAACACAACACUGCGACUGUCCUGCUAUGCCUAUGACCUGGAAGAUGGAAAAUUUUACUGUAAGCCCCACUACUGUUACAGACGCUCUGGAUACGGACAUAGAAAGCGGCCAGCUGCACCUUCACUUCAACCAAAAGAGAAUAAAGGCAUAGCAAAGGACACUCCGGAUGCUGAAGAUACAGGACGUGUUCCCUCAUUGCCCCCCAUUGCUGCAGAGAAGACUCCAGGCUCCAGCAUGAAUGGGGUAGAGGACCACAGUUUGGCCAAGCGACUUCGAGCUACCCCUGAACGUAUCGAGCUGGAGAAUUACCGUGUUUCACUGCGUGAGGAAUUGGAGGAGGUGCCAGAGGAGACUCUAGCAGAGCACAAUCUAAGCAGCCUUCUUGAUCAAGGCAGAGAGGAGGUGGAGGCUGUCAGCAGCAGCUCAGAGUCUGAAAUGGAAGAAGAAGAUGAAGAUGAGCAGGAUGAUAUAGAGGAUCAUUUGCCUUCUUCAGAUUUGGGAGGUGUGCCAUGGAGGGAGGCUGUAAAAAUCCAUGCAAAGCUGAAGGGAAAAAGUCCAGAGGAUCUAGAAGGACAGGGAGCCUUAGUGAUAGGAGACAUUGAAUAUGAAGAGGAAGAAUAUGAAGAUGAGGAGGAGGAGGAAGAGGAGGAGGAAGGAGUCUCAAGUGAAGAGGGUGAGUAUUGCCCUUGGGAGAGAGAAAUCCAGCAGGGUCUGUGGCUUGAACGAAUCACUGAUGAAGAUACAGUUGGUACAUUUAAAGCUGGGAAUCUCAAGAUACAACAAGCACUAUCCCCUUUGGACCCUCUGGAAAUCAAAGCAGAUGUACACUGGACACAUGUCCACAGUGUUAAGGAAAAGCAGGAAGGUGUUAAGACAGAGUCAGGAGAACUGAGCAUUUCCUCUUCUCGUUCCAAAGUAUCAUCUGCCGUAGCUCUCAAGUUACCAUCCCAUCAUCAUGACCCAGUAAGAGCGUGGCUGGAGUCCGUUUCUGGAGCUGCAUGUGAGGAUGAAGAGGAGGAGGAACUGGGGACGGGUCCUGCAGAGGCCGAAGCAGGUGUUGAUGGUGAUACUUCAGCAGACCUUGGUGAUGAUGAUGACAUCCCAUCAGAUGCAGAGGCUGAAGAAAGAAUCCAGCAAUCAGGGAGACUGAAGCUUAACUUGGACGAGGAGCCCAGUACCCCAACGGCACCCCGAGGCCCUCGGGACGCGAGGGGGAGCAAUCCAUACGCUCUUACCUCCAGGCCGCAAGUCGUUUCACCAGUUGCCCAAAGCCCAAGGGAAGAGAAAGAAAAGGUCCCUGUAACACGACCCCAGGAAGUGAAGUCUCCUGGUAAUAGAUUCUUUCUCGACCCAUUUGUCCCAGAAGACACAAGCAAUACAGUAACACCAUCUGCAGUAUUAAAAAAGCGGAGUCCUCUUUCACCUGUCUGUUCCCAGCCAAUUGCAUCACAGGAGCCUGCUCUUCCUACAUCACCUGUGAAAACUCCCUCCAAUUUACCUCUUACUCAGCCACUUAGAUCCCCAACAUCCCCCAUUUGCUCCCAACCCUUGCCAUCCACUGAAGUAACAAUCACUACCCCAGCCAAGUCUCCUGUAUGUCUACAACCAUCCCCAAUUACAUCUACCCCUCUUUCCAAGCUGCCUUUAACAGACCACAUUGAGGAAGGUGAUAAACUAACAAGUCCCAGCACAGAAGAAGCACUUAAACGCAUUGACCUGAUAGAAGAAUUCUGGAUGAAGAGUGCUGAAAUUCGUCGGAGCCUGGGGCUAACUCCUGUAGAAAGAGGCCGGAGGCAUGAAGUCAGCUUCCCUGCUUUUGAAUCCACUACUCCUCAAUCUCAUGUGCCUAAGCCUAACCCUGAGGAGGAGUUGAAUUCGCCAUCCAUGAAAUCACAGCUAAUUACAAAGAAACUGAAUCCAAACAGGUUGGAUGUUGAGUUACUUUCUCCUUUGACCCCAAUAUCUCCUACUGAGAAGGAACUAAAGAGUUCAGAUGGUGAAAGGAAAGACAUUUCUACUAGUUCUGGACUAGGCCUAAAUGAUAGCAAUUCUAACACCCGUACUGUAGCCAGUGAAAGUUUUAACACUUCAGACUCUGCAAUGCUUACACCUCCUUCUAGCCCUCCUCCUCCCCCUCCACAAGGGGAAGAACCAGCCACAUUUCGACGAAACCGGACAUCCUGGCAGAAUGGACCAGAAUCAGUCCCAACACCUGCCCAAGAGAAGGCCAAAUCUCCUGAUACUCCUCAGCCUACACCGAGAAUUGAGGAGGUACGGAAAUCCUUUGUAGAAAGUGUGGAUGAGAUCCCUUUUGCAGAUGAUGUGGAAGACACAUAUGAUGACAGGACGGAGAACUCCAGCUUCCAAGAAAGGUACUAUACUCCUCCAACUAGCCACGUAAAAUCACAUCGAAAAGGUUUAGCCAAAGAAAAUGGAGAACUUUCUUCCUCAACAGAGAGGGGACAUCACAGAAAGCGAAUUCUUCCACAGGUGACACCAGAGGCCAAGGAACGAGCAGAGGAGAGGAUGAGGGAACGAGAAAAGUCUGUUAAAAGUCGGGCUCUGAGGGAUGCAAUGGCACAACAGCUAGACAAGAUGAGGCAGCUUGAAAUUGCAGCAUCUGAAAGAACAUCAAAAGGGCAAUUUUUCCAAUCCACUAUCCUUGCCAAUGAGCUAUCACAGUUGCCCAACACUGGGGUUAAAUCUGAAACCCCCACAUUAAAACUAGAAACUGCACAUGAGGUUUUCCUGUCUCCCCAGCCUGCUGAUGGCUCAGUCACCUCUUCAGAAGGUUCAGGUGGAAAGCCAAAAAAGAGGCCUUCACUGUUUUCCCCAAGGAAAAAAGAGAAAAAAUCAAAGGGUGAAGGCAGUCGACUUUCAGAUAAGCACGAUGAUGGUGUGAAACCUAAAUCAAUAUGGAAGUCUGUGUUCUCUGGAUAUAAGAAAGAAAAAAAGAAGAAAAUUUCAGAGGACAAGUCUUCACCAAGCACCCCUUCCAGUAGCACCACUGUGGAUUCAGGGAAAGCCAAAGUGGCCAACAUGGCUCGAGGAGCAGAUCUUGUCCUUCAACGUCACCUAAGUUUCUCAGAGGAUUCUGACCUUUCUAGCGAUGAUGUCUUAGAGAAAUCCUCACAGAAAUCCAAGCGAGAGUCGGUGUAUGUACCCCACGCCUUGGCUUUCAGAAGGUCAUACUCAUCAAAGAAAGCCUACACGGAUGAGGAGCUAAAUGCCAAACUCACCAGGAGAGUGCAGAAAGCUGCCCGCAGGCAGGCUAAGCAGGAGGAGCUCAAGAGGCUGCACCGAGCACAGAUCAUUCAGCGCCAACUGGAGCAGGUGGAAGAAAAACAGCGUCAGCUCGAGGAGAGGGGGGUAGCAGUGGAAAAGGCUCUCCGCGGAGAAGCAGUUGAUCCCUUUGCCGGGACUCCACGCCGUAGACCUAUCUCCUUCUGCCCUUGCUGUGCCCAUGAAGGUAUGGGCAAAAAGGAUGAUCCCAAACUGAUGCAGGAGUGGUUCCGGCUAGUCCAAGAAAAGAAUUCACUUGUGCGAUAUGAGUCAGAGCUCAUGAUUUUUGCUCGAGAGUUGGAGCUUGAGGACAGACAGAGCAGGUUACAGCAGGAGCUGCGAGAACGUAUGGCAGUGGAAGAUAAUCUCAAGACAGAGCAGGAGCUUGCAGAUGAGAAGAAAAUCCUGAAUGAGAUGCUGGAUGUGGUGGAACAGAGAGAUGCAUUGGUGGCUUUGUUGGAGGAACAGAGACUUAGGGAGAAGGAAGAGGACAAAGACCUUGAAGAGGUCAUGUUAUCUAAAGGUUACAAUUUGAACUGGUCCUGAGACCUGCUCACACCUUCCUUGCCCUCCUCUUCCCCCUGAUACCGUAAGUCCUAUCAGGAGCCUGUGAUUCCCCCUCUUCAACUUGGGCAAGUCUGAGGGGCAUAUCUUGAACCUGGGAAUGGAACCUUGCCACCCCAGUGACUAGCCGCUGCCUGUGAAAAUGUUACACAGAACUGUUAAUCCAAUGCACGUCCAGCGGCAGCAAUAAAGUUUAGGGAGAUUGUUACAGGAGCCAUAUUGUAAAAUGGAUAUGUCCCCCUGGAAUGUCACUCAACAGGUUAAGGCUACAGAUUCAAUUCAGGUUUACACUAUGCUGCCAUUUGUAGUGGUGUUGAGUAUGACCACGUAUGUUAAUUUUUCAGCUCUUUGUACAUAAGCAAGCAAACUGACACGCUGCUUCUGGCCACUAGGGGGUGCUUGAAGUAUCUUUUUAAACUGCUGUAUGUCUUGUUUAUUCUUCAAGUUUUGUUAACACAGCGUAUGUCUUUUGAAGGUUGCAAGUGUUAGAAAAUUAUAUUCCCCAUCCUGGGGGGAAAAAACGUAUUUAUAAUUUUAUUUACAACGCAAUUAUUUAUGUAACAAAAUGUUUUUGGAGUCCACCCACACAAGGGAACCACAGUAAUCUGUUAGUUGACUGGUUAAAAAUAAUUGUUAUAUCGUUUGCAUCUGUCACUGUCAGAAGAUUGUGAAAAAUGAAUCUCUUACUUCCACAGUAGUAACAUCAUGUCCACCUUUAUCCCUCCUCCAGCCCUUUGAUGACAUUUCCCAUAAUUCUCAUUGGCUGAUUUUGAGAAAAGCAGUACACCAUACCUGCGUGUCCAAGAUUGGACUUCUGAACUUACAUAGUCAUCAUCCUUCUGUAUCAUCUGCUCUGCAUAUGUCCCACAUUCGUCUGCAACAAUGUUUUCAGAUAGUAAUGAUUUUAAAUAAGUUUAUGUUUUAAACAAACUCUCAUCUUAACCCUUUACAUUGUGGAUAAGACAUUUCAUUUACUCUUUGGGAAGUUGCAGGAUUAACGUUUGCCUUUAAAACCUUCCAUUAUGCACUAUGCAAAGAGGAGGACUUUUUCAGAACAUGGAAAAUUAGUGGCUUACUCCUAGCGAUGGGUUGUGCAGAUUUUUGUUCUUCCAGCAUUUUUUUCUUUUGUAUAGAUGUCAACUACUGCUAUACUGAAAAGGCUAACAGUGUCCUCCUUAUGUGUCAGGUCCAUUCAGCACUGUAGGUUUUAGUAAUGAAGAAAAUGUAAAUGACGUAGCACACGAUUGUGUAUCCAAGCUAACUGUGAUGACACCCUGGCUAAAGGAAAACUGUUUUUUUUUUUGGUUUUUUUUGUUUUUUUUUUUAGUAGGUUUGUAGAAUUAUUGAACUUUCUCUGUAGCCGGUAAGCCUUCUGGCCUUAAAGGGAAACAUUUGCAGAAAAUAUGCAAUAUACUGAGCAACAUCACAGCUAUCUAUUAGCUCUGUGGAUUGGGUUACAGCUUUACAAAACUCUAAGAUCUCAUGAUAGCAUAAGAGGGAAAGAAUUACCGGUACCUUGUCCAAACAUGUUGUAAAGAACCCAUCAAUAGCAGUCAUUCUGCAUUAUGAGGAUAAAUCAAGCAUAUUCCUGAUAAAGUGACCAGCUGUAUUGUGCUACAUUUGUAACCUUAAUUCUGCUUAUGUUUUUCAUAAUAUCUGCAUUCUUCAUGGGAAGCUUUUUCAUCAAUAAUUGAAAUGAAAACUGGGGUCAAAAUAGCCAUUCUUCUUGGCACAAAAUUACAUCAAUUCACUGUGGUUUGGAUCUCCCCUACCAUUCCCGUGUUGCUUAUUUAACAUAAUCAAUAUUUUUUAAUUGAAUUGUUUUUUUGUGAUCCUUGCCCCUACCAGCUUCAGCUUGUUUUAUAUGGUUUUUAUUUUUUUAUUUUUAACAGAACACCUCCCCAUAUCAAAACAGGACAUGGAAUUCUUUUGUGAGAUUUUGAAAGUUUUAGCUGUGCACCCUGCAGUAGGUCUUGAGGGCAGUGUAGAAAAACACAUUGCUGGCCUAUCUGUGAUUUAAAUAGAAGGAUGUUUUAGACAUAACUGAAUGUUAACACUUUCCUUGUUUCAGGUACCUGUCUGAUUGUUGCAAUUUAUAGAGAUGUUAAGAGUCUGCAAGGGUUUCAUACAGAAGUCUUACUGCUGUCACAUUUUUUGGUUAAAAAUAAUUUAUUUAGUGCUGUUGUGCUGUUAAUUCUCUUGUAUGUAGUGCUGCCUCACCUGUUUUAACACUGAGACAAGCAAUCUGUACCACUACAGCAGUAGUUGGACUCAUGGGCACCCAUUGGCUGAUGUGAUUGUAAUUCAAUUACAACUGCUGCAGGCCCUUUCAUGACCGGUGAUUCCUAUGGUGCAGAAUGGUUGUUCUCAUUUCAUUAUGUUUCUCUGAGAAAGUCCUGUUCAGAUAGCGCCUGUGUUGGCAGUACCUUUAAAGUAAUGCUGUUAUCUAAACAUUUUGUUACUGUAUGAAUGUAGAUCAUGAAUAGCAUCAUACAUUGAACUGACAGAAUUGCAUGAAAAUCUAUCUAUCAAAGGUAAACAAACCUGUACCCUUUAAAUUAACAUAAAACCAUGUCUUUUUAUUUUUAGUGCUUCAGUUUGAAUGUGCUAUACAGCAUACUAGUCUUUUUAAAUUGGCAGUGGCUUGAAACUGUACUGCAGCUCUCAUCGGAUACCUGUAUCCAUCAACAAUUUGUGCUUCACUCAGUUUUAUUUUGAAAAAUCUUUUUACCCAAAGUGCAGAUAUAAGAUCAAAUCCAAUAAACAACCAAGAGGUAAACAAAUAAACCAUGAGGUGUAUUGUGCAUGUUUGUUGGACCUGAUCCACCAGCUGCAUCAUUGACGUGUUUUACUUAUUUUACGCAGUUACAAAUGAAUGAUUGCAAAGAAGAAUAUAGCAGAUUAAGUAAUUCAAAGCCUUUUUUUUUUUUGGUUUUUUUUUUGUUUGUCUUAAUCCGGAUGUUUACAUGCAAUUCUUCUUGUACAAGGGAGCCCAUCCUUAGAGAAUGUAGCCCACCAACAGCUGGGAGGCUAAGGUCGGGCCCCUUUUUGCAGCACAAGGUAUUGUUUAAAGCUAUAUUUUCAAAAUAAACGUUGUAUAGAUGAGUCCCUUUAAAUGUGACUUCCUCUGGCCCUGUGGCCUGACGGGCACAAUCACAGCUAGAACAGUACAUUUCUGUGUGUUUCUCCCGAAUGCCCACAAACUGUAGCCUAAACACUCCUAAGAUUUUGCCCAAACACUGUUUUCACUUUUUUUUGUCAAUUAACUUAUUUUUUAAUACUUGAAAGAAGAGUUGCUGUUUUUAUACAUAAAGAUUCAGAAGUGUAUAA